AUGGACUUGAUCAAAGAAAUCUCGAAGAACAUUAACUUGUACGAAGUUAAGGCAAACAUUCGUAAAGCACAGAAUGUUGCGUUGAACUUAUCUGAAAUGGAAACCAAAGUCCGAGAGGCCACUAACAAUGAGCCUUGGGGCGCCAAGACGUCUCUCAUGGCUCAAAUUGCCGCAGGUACUUACAACUAUAGAGAAAGAGAGGAGAUUCUCAGCUUUAUUUUCCGCAGAUUUACCGAGAAAGCGGCAAACGAAUGGAGGCAAAUUUACAAGUCGUUGCAGUUGGUCGAAUAUCUUAUCAAAAAUGGGCUGGAGCGGAUCAUUGACGAUAUCCGCGCGAAUAUCUCACUCAUCCAGAUGUUGAAGUCGUUUCACUACAUAGAUUCCAAGGGCAGAGACCAAGGAAUCAAUGUGCGCAACCGGUCCAAAAACCUCAUUGCGUUAUUAAACGACGACGCUUUGAUCCGCCUGGAGAGAAAGAAGGCUAGAGCAAACGCGAAGAAGUUUGGUGGUGUGUCGUCCUCGGCGUUCGGCGGUGCCUCGUCGAUUUCUGCUGGCGAUGGCUUUGGCGGCGAUGACGACUUCAACAACCGCGUGUACGGCGAUGGCGGCGUUUUCGGCGCUCGCUACGACGACCCAGCCUCUGCGUACAACAAUGGUGCUACAGGUGGAGACAACAAUUUCGAGGAAUACGACGUGGAGCCCACUGCGAUGAGCGGGUCACGUGCAUCAAAACCGACGACAAGCUCUUCAAGAGUAAACGCAGGAUUAUCAUCUACCGGCUUGUCAUCGCUGCCUUCGAAGAGCAAGUCGCAGCUGCAGGCCCCGGCACAGGACUUGUUGGGUGACUUGGUCGACUUUGGCGGCUCGGAGACCGCUGCCCCAUCCACUGCACAGGUAAACAAUGGUGCCGAAGAGGAAGAUGAUGACUUCGACGACUUCCAGAGCGCCCCUUCGCUGUCUGCAAAUGCCACGGGUGGGCUCACAAGCAAUUUGGCCAACUUGUACGUAUCGCAACCAACUUCGAUGCCCCAAUAUGGGCAAACACAAUAUGGGCAAACACAAUAUGGGCAGACACAAUAUGGGCAGACACAAUAUGGGCAGACACCCCAGGCCCAGCCCAACUACAACUUCAACAGCAGCAGCGCGAGCGCUGCUUCCGUGGGGCCGGCCAAAGCCUCGACCGAUGCAUUCUCUUCGUUGUUUUCCAGUGCCAAAACAAAGACCAGCACCGCGCCAAAGGCAAAACCAGCGGCGUCUUCUCAGCACAACGAUUUCCUGACUGAUGAUUUUACAACUGCAGGUACGGGAAGUAACUACUCUUCUACGAAGCCACAAGAAGCCUCCAGCUCUAACACUGGUGAAGUUGACUUGUUGAGUUUUUGA